CCUCUGCUCUUUCAUGUGUUCUGUUAGUACGAGGUUCCUUCGAGUCUACAGAGUGUGUAUCUAAUUGAGACUGUGAGGUUAGAAACAUCGCCAUAGCGCCUUUUUGUACGUUAUUUUGGAUGCAAUUGUGGCGCCGGUUGGAGAAUUGAUUAACCUCUCUAAGUCACAGGACGGGUUCCUAGUGUCAAUGGAGAUGGACUGAAGAACGCUUUAACUUGGGACACCAUUGGUUUCUACUCAGCCUCAGACCGAAGUUUAUCUUGACACACCCACUUCAAUUUCACAGGAUGCGUUGGUUUGCAAUAAUAUAUACAAAUGUGCUUGUUUGGUAUCAUCACUGUACUUCAGAUAUGGCGUUCACGGUGGAGACCAGAACCCUGUUCACCUACAAUGAGUCUUACUACAAGCACGUGUCCAAUAGGAUGUCCUGGCACGAGGCCGAGAGCCUGUGUAAGCAGCGCUCUGGGGCUUUAGCCACGGUCUCCAAUGUCACAGAGAGACGGGAGCUCACGCUCUUCCUGAAGUCCCAGAACAUCACCAAGCCUGUGUGGAUCAGCUGGAAUGCCGAGACUCAUUUAAAGAACUCUGCAGAGAACCUUGUCCUGGAGUUUGUCGGGAGAUCUGAUGUGAAGAAUGCUCGCCUGCUACACAGUUUUACCACCAUGAGUGCAGUGACUGUGUGUGUCCGUGUCCGCUUCGAUCCGACCUGCGAUGGCUUCUCCACCAUCUUCUCCUAUUCCAACCAGUCGCACUUUAAUGAGUUCCAGCUCCGUGCCAAUCUUACCCUGGGCCAUCCAGUCCAGCUGGCACUGGGGGUUCACGGUACCUACGGGCCCUACCAGAAUGCCUUCCCCCACAACGGUUUCUGGCACUCAGUGUGUGUGAGCUGGUCAUGCGUCGGGCGGUGGGCGCUCUAUGCUGAUGGCCAGCUGGUCAAACGGGGCGACGAACUCUACAGCGCCAGCCGUUUAGGCUCCAAUGGAGUCUUCAUCCUGGGACAGUAUCAGAAAAUGUUUGGCAGCUCAUUCCAGAGCAUGGAGUCCUUUUCAGGGAGCCUCACACAGCUGCACAUUUGGGAGCGGGUGUUGAAUGACUGUGAAAUCCGCACCAUGGAAACAGAGUGUUCACCGGUCCUCUCCGGCCUGGCGUUCAGGUGGAAUGCCACAGCCCUGAAAGUGGAGUCCUCCGUGAUAAGGCUUUAUGGAGAUUCGCUGUGUCAAGUGACCUCUCCAAUUAACAGAAAUGAGUCGGACAGCCAGUUUCUCUACCACAACUUCUCCCCUGAGGUUUCCUAUGAGCCCCAGGCCAGGAACUGUGUCACCUUUGACCCCCUGAAUGGAAUCUAUGGUCUGGAUGAUUGUGGCAGGCAAAGAGGGGCCGUCUGCCAGUUUGACAAAAAAGGGUUGGACAGCUUCAGAUUUCCCAAGACAGCUCUUUUCACCAAACUGAGUCGGGAUCCUCUGGCCAGGACUGUGAUGGAGAAUAUGAGCGUGGACGCAUCGUCUCGAAGAUACCUGGCGUUGCCGAGCGGACUGACCCAAGUGCUGCUCGAGGUUCUGGAGGCCAGUCCGGCCCUUCUCACAUCUGCCGAUGUCCUCUACCUCACGGAGAAGAUGAAAGUGGGCGCCACCGCGAACACCCCGCUGGUCAGCCGUGCCCAGGGGGGCUCUUCUGCUGUAGAGGUCAUGGUCUCCAUCACCACCGACUACCUGAAACUCGCCAGUCUCAUCCUAAGCCCCAAGAUGGCCGCCCAGUGGCUGGAUUGGACAGGGCAGCCAAUGAAUGUGGGACCAUUCACUGUGGUGGAGAGCAUUGACAAACUGACAGAAGCUUUAGCAGAUGUGUUGUCUUCAGAGGGGAGAAACUUCACACUCUCAACAGAAAACAUUGACGUGUGUGUCGAGGCGCGGAAGCUCUCUCAGAUGACACGCAGCCGUGUGUUCCAGCCUCCACCCUCCGCCAGUCCCAGGAGCGGGAACGGACCGGACCAGAUGGUCAUCCCCGAUGCUGAAGUCCAGAAACUGCAGGCCUUGGGUUACGAGGACGUGAUGUUGAUCCAUACAUACUAUGGCCAUUUAGUGGAGAUCCAGUCUAGGAUGGGCCAGGACACUCCCCUGGAUCACCAGAGUUCCUACACCAGUGUCUUUCCUGGUCGCCUGGCCACUGCUGUCAUCUCAACCACUGUCCGAGACCCUUCCCAGGCCCAGAACAUCCCUGUGGCAGUCAACUACACGCUGUCCUCACAUUUGGUGGAGUAUUCACGGCGAGUCACGCCUGUUUGCGUGUUUUGGAAUUUCACCCUGACUGGAAGUACCAAUGGCUGGUCCAGCGAAGGUUGCAGGGUAACCCGCACAGGCUCUGACAUCACUUCCUGCUUCUGUAACCACACCACCAACUUCGCCGUUCUGAUGAACUACAUGGAAUCCAUGUGGAGCCCAGAAGAGGAGGUCAUUUUGACAAAGAUGACAUUCAUCAGCUCUGGGGUAUCUUUGUGUGCACUGCUGGUGACCUUGAUGUUGUUCACUGUGCUGGACAUUCCCAAAUCGGACCGGACGUCCGUCCACAGAAACCUGUUUGUGGCGCUUGCCUGUUCCCAAGUGGUCCUUCUAUUCAGUGGUUCAGCGGUCAACAGCAAGGUGGCCUGCACCCUGGUGGCGACCAUGCUGCACCUGUUCUUGACGGCGGCCUUCUGCUGGAUGCUGGUGGAGGGAAUGCUGCUCUGGAGCAAAGUGGUAACAGUCAACCUGAGUGAGGAGCAGCACAUGAAAUACUACUACCUGAUUGGCUGGGGUCUGCCUGUGUUAGUUGUCACGGUUACCCUGGCCUCUGCCUCAGGGAGGUACUCCGCAGAUGGACACUGUUGGCUCCGCGUGCAGAACGGGGUCAUCUGGGGCUUCGCCGGUCCCGUCAUCUUCAUCAUCGCGGUCAACAUCCUGGUCCUGAUGCGUGUGGUGGUCAUCACCGUCUCCACUGCCAAGAGGAGGUCCAUCAUGCAGCCAGUGGCCAGCAGUCCCACUAAGCAGGCCUACGAGCAGAUCAGGGCUGCGGUGAAGGCCGUGCUGGUUCUGCUGCCGGUCCUGGGCCUGACCUGGCUCUGUGGCGUCCUGGUGCCCUUCUCCACCGCCAUGGCCUAUGUCUUCAUCCUCCUCAACUCUCUGCAGGGCCUGUUCAUCUUCCUGAUAUAUGGGGUCUGCAACACAGAGGUUCGCAGCGCAGUCAACAGGAUCAAGGAGAGAAGGAAAGCACAAAAUUUUUCAAACUGUGGCAUUUCCCGACCCUCCAGCUCUGUGACCAGCUACAAGCCUAGCAGCACCCCUACUCCCCCACCCACGAGCCCCCGAGGGUCCAUCCCGGGUGAGGAGGGGGACAAGAUCUCCUCAUACCAGCCCAGCUCGCUCCCCGAACCAACAUCUCCCCACCACACACUAUGCCUGGAGGAGAACUCCAGUAGAGGUCAGCUGUCCAUGCACUGUGUCCCAGAGAGGCUGCAGGAGUGCCCCAGCCAUGCCACAGGAGGCCUGAUCCCCAGAACGAUUUUCAGUUGGGUGGUCGGUCCUCUCGAUCGCUGUGAAGUGUGUACGGCUGUUGGAACGUGGCUGUUCCUCAGUGAGGCCCGGCGUGGCCUGAAACUCAAUACCUAAGUAUACACAAUUAAGUUCACACCAGAGGUUACACAGGGAAAUAGGCCCAUUCCCUGAGGUGUGAAUCAGUUCAACCUACGGGGGCCGGAGGCUCCUCGCCACUCACGGUCCAAGGUUGAAGCGUGGGCGGGGCUUGUUCCAGCUCUGCCGGCGGGUCUGAGAGCUGUGUCCGUGGAGACGAAGCCUUGACAGGCGGAAUCGUCCACUCAGAGGCCCUGUUGUACGAGUGUUCUGAUCAUUCUCAGCUGUGGUACAAAUCUGUGCAGUGAGGGCCCUGCUGUGCGGGGUGUUUUUAUAGUUAACACGGCCCAGUGUGGGCGCGCACACACACACACACACACACACUGUUAGUUGUGGGCCUUUAAACCCGUGCGGGACACAAUUGCUAUCAAAUGUGACCUAGUACAGUGUGAGUUAUUGCAAAGUGAUCUAGUACAGUGUGAGUUAUUGCAAAUUGAUCUGGCACAGUGUGAGUUAUUGCAAAGUGAUCUGGUACAAUGUUUUCAAGUUCGAUAACAACUUCAGUGAUAGUGUUUUGUCAUGUGACAUUUACCCAGGCCUGAUCGAAACAGUACUCGACUAGACCAGGGAAAACGUCUACAUUUGACUGUACAGCAAACCCUGUUUAUAUCCUGAAACAGGACGAGUGAUUAUAAAAGCUUGGCCUCAGAACCAGGUCAUGCUUUCUCCCAAAAUGUCAAAGAAACUUUUAAAUACAUUAGCGUUCA